AUGGCCUUGAACUUGGAGAAAAAAUUACGGUUAGUUCCAAACUGGCUUGAACUUCCAAAAGAUGUGACAUCAAAGAUUAUUCAAUUGCUUGGUGUUGUUGAAAUGGUGAUGAAUGCACGUCAAGUGUGUCCUAUGUGGAGGGAAAUUAGUAAGGACCCUCUCAUGUGGAAGAACAUUGAAAUGAUCAAUUGUUUCAAAUCACCACAUAAUUUGGAGAAGAUUUGUAUGUAUGCUAUUGAUCAAGGUGGUGAUCAUGUGGAAGAAAUUAAUAUUGAGUAUUUUGCUACUGAUGAACUCAUCAAACACUUAGCUGAAAGAACUAGGAAUUUGCGGCGCAUUCGCAUCUCAAAAUGCCCGAAAAUUUCAGAUAAAGUAUUUUGUGAAGCGGUAAAAAAGUUUUCACUAUUAGAGGAGGUUGAACUUUCAUUCAACGAUGAAUUAACCAAGGAUUCUCUUGAAGCAAUCGGCCAAAACUGUCCUCAUUUGAAGACAUUGAAAUUCAAUCAACCAUACAAAGGCAUUAAUUGUAGGUCAUACAAAGGUUACAAAAGCAACAAAGAAGCACUCGCUAUUGCAAAAACAAUGCCUGGUCUACGACAUCUCGAGCUUUGGGGAAACAAACUCACCAAUGAUGGUUUAGUUGCUAUUCUUGAUGGUUGUCCUUACCUUGAAUUUCUUGACAUUCGUAUGUGUUACAAUCUAGUUAUGCACGAAAAUUUGGCGAAAAGGUGUUGCGAGAAUAUUAAAAAAAUUAGGUAUCCAAAUGAAUAUAUUGAUGAUCAUGAUGAUGACGACGACGACGAUGAUUUUGCUUAUGAGUUUUAUUGUGAAUGUAUUGUCAGAGGCAGCAAAGGAAUGAAGGGGAGGAAGAUCACAUAUGUGGAUUUUUAUAAGUUUCAUUAA